UGAGGUCUAAACAGUUAAAUAAGAUUUGGAUGGUUUCCAAUUCCUGCCUAAGCGUGACCUGAAGCUCUUGGUUCUGGGUCUGAACAGGUCCCUGUAUAGCUGGAUCCUGGACUUCCUGUCAGACACACACACACACACCAUGUGGUCAGACAUCAUCUGAAAUUUGAUCAAGUCAAGUAAAGAAGCUUUUAUUGUCAUUUUAACCACAUCUAGCUGACACAGUACAUAGUGAAAUGAGACAGCGUUUCUCCAGUGUGUGUGUGUGAGAGAGAUUUGUACAGUUCAGUCCUGAGUGUUGAGGAGCCUGCUGGCUUUAGGGAAGAAACUGUUACACAGACUGGUUGUGAGGGCCUGAAUGCCACCUAGCACAUCCUAACACAAGAAAGACCACCUGAACAUCAACAAGACCAAGGAGCUUGUAGUGGACAUUAGGAGACAAGAAGCACACAUCCAUCACCAUUGAUUGGACACCAAUGGAGAAGGUCAACAGCUUCAAGUUCCUCUGUAUUCAGAUCUCUCACAUGGUCCACUCACACCGAUGCAGUGUUGAAGAACCAGAACAGGCGCCUCUUCUUACUCAGACAGCUGAAAUCAUGCACCACCUGCACCACGGACUGGCAGCAUCAGUGUCCACUACAGAAACACCAACACCCUUAACCCCAGAGCUCUGCAGAGAAGUGAUGCAGUUCAUCUGAGGUUCCCUGCAGAACAUCUACACCAGUACAUCUCAGGUUCCCUGCAGAACAUCUACACCAAUUCAUCUGAGGUUCCCUGCAGAACAUCUACACCAAUUCAUCUGAGGUUCCCUGCAGAACAUCUACACCAGUACAUCUCAGGUUCCCUGCAGAACAUCUACACCAAUUCAUCUGAGGUUCCCUGCAGAACAUCUACACCAAUUCAUCUGAGGUUCCCUGCAGAACAUCUACACCAGUACGUCUCAGGUUCCCUGCAGAACAUCUACACCAAUUCAUCUGAGGUUCCCUGCAGAACAUCUACACCAAUUCAUCUGAGGUUCCCUGCAGAACAUCUACACCAGUACAUCUCAGGUUCCCUGCAGAACAUCUACACCAAUUCAUCUGAGGUUCCCUGCAGAACAUCUACACCAAUUCAUCUGAGGUUCCCUGCAGAACAUCUACACCAAUUCAUCUGAGGUUCCCUGCAGAACAUCUACACCAGUACAUCUCAGGUUCCCUGCAGAACAUCUACACCAGUACAUCUGAGGUUCCCUGCAGAACAUCUACACCAGGCAGUGUGUAAGGAACACAUGGAGAAUCAUCAGAGACUCGCUUCUAGAGUCAUAUAAACAGCAUCACAGCAUCAGGUUCCACACCGAGCUUCUUACUGCAGACCAUCAGACUGUUUAACUCUAAUAACACCAUCAUGUACACAAACCCACUCCACUCCACCCUCCACACACUGCACUUUAUCAUCAUCACUUACACCUACACAGGACUCUGACUGAUGGACAUCACACUCUGACUGAUGGACAUCACACUCUGACUGAUGGACAUCACACUCUGACUGAUGGACAUCACACUCUGACUGUUGACGUGCCCCAAGUUUCUCCCACUACGUCACUUGAAGAACACAAAUAAUUUAGACUAGUGUAUUGGCAGUAACUAUAAUGACUGGUCACGUGCGCCGGUGCUUAUUCUUAUGUCUAAAUUUAAAUAACUAAUUCGAUGUGCUGUGCUGUGAUUGGCUGCUGUGUUGUGCGCGCGCGCGCCUGUGUGUGUGUGUGUGUGUGUUUGUGUGUAUCGGUGUUCAAGGUGAUGGAGAAACCGGUUUAUUCUCAGAGGAGAAGCGAAACCUUGAGUAGAAAUGAAGAAGCUCAGAGUCUCAGUUCUCCUGCUGCUGCUGUGGGGAACUUUAAUGUCCAGUGCAGGACUGAAGGACUCUAAACACAAGGCCUUUGACUGGACAGAGAUUUCAGAAACCUUUAAGGAUUUCUACCAAAAAUUCCACAAGUACCACAGAUAUUACAAAUUCAUUAAAUACGCUUUGGAGAUAUUCUUAAGACCGAAUGAAUCGUGUCAGUUUAAAUGCCCUGAUGGCGGAGAAAAGCCCUUUCCUCGACCUGGUCACAGACCAUCGGCCAACGGAUGCGGCUCUCAUGUGUUUGGAUCUCCUUUUAAUGCAGGAAUUCCAUUUAUAACCAGCUGCUGUGACCAGCAUGACCGCUGCUACGACACGUGUGGACAGAAGAAGGCAGACUGUGAUGAACAGUUCCAGGGUUGCCUCAACAACAUUUGUGGGGACCUUGUGAUCUUGGGGGGUGAGAGUGUACAGGUGUGUGAAUUAGCAGUGUCUCUGACCUAUGAUGCGGUCAUGUACCUGGGCUGUAAAGCUUACCUGACCAGCCAGAGCGCUGCAUGUGUCUGCAAGAAGAAGACAGAGCUUUGAUCCCGGGUCUGAGAUCUGAAACCUAGAGCCAAACUUGAGCCAAACCAAUUUUCUGGAAGUCCCUGAUUUAUCAUCAUCAUCAUCAUCAUCAUCAUCAUCAUCAACAAGCCAUUCAGGAACUGAAGCUGAUGUUUUAGAGUACUCUGGGCUCUGUUGUUCUCUACUGAACUGAAUUUUUCCGUUGCAUUAGAUGCACUGUGUUGGAAAAAUUUAUCUUUAAUGUUUGUUAGAAAUAAGAAAGAUUCACUAUGGACUUGUUUUUUCCUCUGUUUUUGUUUAGUUAGUAUAGACUAAAUUAAAAAGGUUUACAUCCUCACCCUCAAGGUUUUCUGCAUGAGGGACAAAGGGAGUGACAUCAUGGUAAAAAUGUGUGUCCAAGACCAAAAAAAAAAUGAAAUGAUGUGGAAGUUAAUAAAGAUGAAAUACUUUUUAGUUGUGUAACACAGUGCAGUGUUUCUGCUCUGGGAAACAAAACACACAAUAUAUUGUGUGGUGAUAAAUUACCUCUCUUUUAGAUUAGACUUUAAAGGUCAUAAAUGUUUACAGGAUUGCAUUCAGGUGUAAAGUGUUGGGUAUGGGUUCGAGCAGUAUUUUAUUAAAUUUUAUUUUUAAGAGAGCUGUUAUUUUUAUUCAUAUUUAAAAGUGCCAAAUGAAAUUAUUUUAAAUAAUGUAAAUUCAGAAGACUGGUUUUGUAUAGAAGAAAGAAUAAAAAAAUAAAUUAA